CAUCCGGCAAGACAACACAGAGCGCACGGCAUGAGUCUGUGGGCUGCAUCCCUGUGAGGAAAGGAGGAGUACGAGGUGAGGAACCAGGAAUGGCUGCAGAUGUGGGAGGAAGGGAAGAAAAAAAUAAAAGUCAGCUUGUGGAUAAUGAUUUGAACAGCACACCUCUCAAAAUGCACACUGACUGCGAUGCCCGGCUGGAGACCAGCGACAAAAGAAACAACCAAAGUCCCAAAUGUGAAGACGACUCCCGCCGUACUUCAACGCUGCCCCAUGGCUGGAUCAGAGAGGUGAGGCAGCGGAAAGCUGGCAAGACAGCGGGCAAAAUGGACAUCUACAUUACAAGUCCCCAGGGGCAGAGGUUCCGCUCGAGAGCAUCCCUGCAUGCUUUCCUCCUGAAAGACGGAGAAGGGAUCUUAGACAUAAACCUCUUUGACUUCACCGCAUCCAAGGACGACGUCGUCUCCAAAGGGCGACGCAGGACGAGAAAGAAAAGACACGCAGGCGGACGGAAAGAGACGACGGAUUCCCCUCCGAGUAAAUCCAAGAGAGCCUCUCCCUGCCUCGGGAGUGCCGCCGCAGACGGAGAGGCGGAGAGUCGCACGCGAGCUGCAUCUUCGACCGCAGAGGAGGACGACGUCGGACCGCGGGAGUCUCCCUCCAGUCGACAACGAAACACUCCCGCGGCGCACAAGGUCGACUCGAGGCCUCCUGUGCCAACGCUGAACGUGGAGCCUGCCACCGAGAGCGAGGAUGAGGAGGAGGGAGGCGGAGGGGAGAGGAAAGACGAAGGCGACUGCGAGUGUAGUUUUGAUCUGGAGGCCGACAGCCGUCGGGAUGAGGAGGCGGCGUUCCCAGACACCGCCGGUGGGAGCUGCACACCAGUCGGCGAUUCCCAGAAUAAGUCCAAGAGUGUGGAAGACAAACGGAAAACAAGCCCUUAUUUCAGCAGGAAACUCUGCAGAGAUGGCCCGAGCCCACCCAGGAGGAAGGCCUUCAGGAAGUGGACGCCCCCUCGCUCGCCCUACAACCUCGUCCAGGAAACCCUUUUCCACGACCCCUGGAAGCUGCUGGUGGCCACCAUCUUCCUGAACAAGACCAGCGGCAAGAUGGCCAUACCGGUGCUGUGGCGGUUCUUCGAGCGUUACCCGUCCCCAGAGGUGACCCGCGAGGCCGACUGGAAGCCCCUGUCCGACCUCAUGAAGCCCCUCGGCCUGUACGAGCUGCGAGCCAAAACACUCGUACGCUUCUCAGAUGAAUACCUCGCCAAAGAGUGGCGUUUCCCCAUCGAGCUGCACGGGAUCGGGAAGUACGGCAACGACUCCUACAGGAUCUUCUGCGCGGGCGAGUGGAGAGAGGUGAGUUUCCGUUAUUUUUUAAUUUUUUUUGCCGUCCACGAAUGCAGACGUUCGCGGCCAUAUUUUAACCGCCUUCAUUUUACGUUUACAAAAAAAAAAAAGGUGAAGCCCGAAGAUCACAUGUUGAACAAAUACCACGACUGGCUGUGGGAGAACCACGAAGAGCUCGGGAUCUGAAACACGAGGGAACCGCAAGGAAGAUGGGCACAUCGUGUAAAAACCGGAAUCCCUUUUUUAAUUAUGCAGCAAUAGUGCUUCUUCCUUUUUAAAACCUUUAUUUUUAUUUUUUAUGUGUGCUGUGAAAUAAAAACAUUUUUUUUAAA